UGUUCAGGCAGUCUGAGCCUAUUGCUGAAGAACCUUCAGUUGCACCACCAUGAAUCAAAGUGCUGUUCUUAUUUUCUGCCUUAUCCUUCUGACUCUGAGUGGAACUCAAGGAAUACCUCUCUCUAGGACUACACGCUGUGCCUGCAUCAAGAUCAGUGAUCGACCUGUUAAUCCAAAGUCCUUAGAAAAACUUGAAGUGAUUCCUGCAAGUCAAUCUUGCCCACGUGUUGAGAUCAUUGCCACAAUGAAAAAGAAUGGGGAGAAAAGAUGUCUGAAUCCAGAAUCUAAGACCAUCAAGAAUUUACUGAAAGCAAUUAACAAGGAAAGGUCUAAAAGAUCUCCUUGAACACAGAGAGAGGCAUAAUCACUGCAAUGCUGAUAAGAAUCGACCAGAGAGAAGCUACCUCUGCCAUCAUUUUCCUACAUACAGUUUAUGUCAAGCCCUAAUUGUCUGUGGAUUGCAGUUCUCCUAAAAGGUGACCAAUCACAGCCACCAAAUUAGCUGCUACUACUCCUGCAGGGCGGUGGACGGCUCAUCAUCCUGAGUUGUUCAGUAGUAACUCUGCCCUGGCACUAUACUAUAAGCUAUGCUGAGGCACUACGUUCUUAGUGGAUGUGCCAAGUCCUAGCCCUGCUACUGACAGUUUCCUCACCUUUCCUAUUUUCUAAAGGUUAUUAAGGGAUCUUUCCACCUCUGGGCUUAUCAGAGAUCCUAGAAUCUCAAAUAACUCAAAGGUAUUCAAAGCAAUAAUACAAUCUGCUUUUUAAAGAAAGAUCUUUACUUCACGGGUUUCUACUGCCAUCCCUUCAAGGGGUCCAUAUUC